CCCUUGGAUCACAAGCUAUUUACGAAAAUGGCACUCUCAAGCACCAAUUCUCUCCUACCCACCAAAUCCUUCCAAAUUCAAUCUCUCCCACCACCACUAAAAUCUCUUCCGACCACCACCGCCGCCACCUCCUCCACCAGAGUCAUCCAGCCAAUCUUUGCCGUCCAUUCGCCAGACCCAUCAAAAACCCCAAUUGACAAGUCGUCGUCAUCAAAACCUUCAUCCCCUGCCACCGCCGCCACCUCCACCACCACCACUCCAAAAGUCACCUCCACGACAAAAACCCCAGUUCCUAACAAAUGGAGCAUAGACAGCUGGAGAACCAAAAAGGCACUUCAACUUCCCGAAUACCCAGAUCAAGCAGAGCUCGAUUCGGUGCUCCAAACCCUCGAUUCAUUCCCACCUAUUGUGUUCGCCGGAGAAGCACGCCACCUGGAGGAACGGCUCGGAGAGGCUGCCAUGGGAAAUGCGUUUCUUCUCCAGGGUGGUGAUUGUGCUGAGAGUUUCAAAGAGUUUAAUGCCAACAAUAUUCGUGAUACUUUCAGAGUGAUUCUUCAAAUGGGUGCUGUGUUGAUGUUCGGAGGUCAAAUGCCUGUCAUUAAGGUAGGAAGAAUGGCUGGUCAAUUUGCGAAACCCAGAUCAGAUAAUUUUGAGGAGAAAGAUGGAGUGAAGCUACCAAGUUAUAGAGGGGAUAAUGUAAAUGGCGAUGCCUUUGACUUAAAGUCAAGAACACCAGACCCUCAAAGAUUGAUUAGAGCAUAUUGUCAAUCAGCAGCCACUCUUAAUCUUUUGAGGGCUUUUGCCACCGGAGGGUAUGCUGCUAUGCAAAGGGUUACUCAAUGGAAUCUUGAUUUCACAGAGCAAAGCGAACAGGGUGAUAGGUACCUUGAGCUAGCUAGCCGAGUUGAUGAGGCACUCGGGUUCAUGUCAGCUGUUGGGCUUACACCCGAUCACCCAAUCAUGACAACUACCGAUUUUUGGACAUCACACGAGUGCUUACACUUGCCUUAUGAACAAUCACUCACAAGACUAGAUUCAACUUCAAGCUUGUAUUAUGAUUGUUCGGCCCAUUUCUUAUGGGCCGGGGAGCGGACACGUCAGCUCGAUGGUGCGCACGUUGAGUUCCUAAGAGGAAUCGCAAAUCCACUUGGAAUUAAGGUGAGUGACAAGAUGGAUCCAAAUGAGUUGGUGAAGCUUAUUGACAUCUUGAACCCUCAAAACAAGCCCGGGAGGAUUACGAUUAUAACAAGAAUGGGGGCGGAGAAUAUGAGGGUCAAACUUCCGCAUCUUAUUAGGGCGGUUAGAAGAGCCGGUCAAAUUGUGACAUGGGUUAGUGAUCCCAUGCAUGGCAACACCAUUAAGGCUCCAUCGGGACUCAAAACUCGUCCUUUUGAUGCUAUUAGGGCGGAAGUAAGAGCAUUCUUUGAUGUGCAUGAGCAAGAAGGAAGCCAUCCGGGAGGUGUUCAUCUUGAAAUGACAGGUCAAAAUGUGACCGAAUGCAUUGGUGGUUCAAGAACCGUGACAUUUGAUGACCUCAGCUCACGUUACCACACCCAUUGUGACCCACGGCUCAAUGCGUCUCAAUCAUUGGAGCUUGCUUUCAUCAUAGCUGAGCGACUUAGAAAGAGAAGAAUGGGUGUUCAACAAUCUUUGUCGCUUUGAGAGUUUAUUAAUGGCUUGUGGUUUGGUUGUGUUAUGAAAGUUGUGGCUUGUUUUUAGUUUAAGAGAAGUAUGGUUUUGUAAUGUAUGUGUAUACUUGAAGAAGGUAAUGACUUUGAGAGUGGAAAUGAGGAAGUGAAAUAAGAAGGUAUGUAUGCAUUCAUACACAAAAUUUAUGCCAAUGUUAUAUAGUAAUGGACAAA